CUUACUAAGGGUAGCAUCUCUGCUAAUAUUGCUGGUCACAGUCCCCGUGUUUCUCGGCUUAUUGCUUGAAUGUAAUGACAUUACGAUCCGAAGUACGUGUGUUUUUGCUCGAAGUUCAAAGUUUACAGCGUGUUCAGGAGCACUUUCGUCCUUCAGGGAAAACAGCUGCGUCCAUCAGAAGUUUAUGACAUGAACGUAAACAUACGGCGGCUAAAUAAUUGCAUUUAACCUUUAAUUGAAGUACAUUUAUGUACUCUGACUUCUUAAGCAACAGCAAAACAGUUUGUAACUUUGGUGUUAGUGGCUCUAUGCAGAUUUAGUAUAAUACAUAUUUAAUGCCUCCUCUGCUAAUGUGUUUGUUUUAUUUGUCAGAAAUGUCAGUGAUGAACGCCCAGCCCAACUUCAGCCCCUCUCAGGUGUCUGAGAUCAUGAAGAGGCUCUACAACCUGACCGCUUCAGAAAUACGCCCUCUGCCCAGCUAUGAUGACCAAAACCUCUAUGUGGUUCCCACUGAGGGUGGCGAGUACGUCCUAAAAAUCAUGAACUCGGAGGACAGUAAGAACCCCACCAUCAUUGAGUUGCAGACCCAUGCCAUGUCCUUUCUUUACCAGAAUGGACUUCCUGCUCAAACAGCCGUGCCUACCACCUCAGGACAACUCAUGAGCCUGGAAGAAAUAGAUUGUGGGUAUGGCUGUCAGAAGUACUUGGUCCGGCUGCUGACUUAUUUACCUGGAGUGACUAUUUCUAAGGUUCCUUUUACUCCAAAGUUAUUAUAUGAGACUGGCAGGACGGCUGCUAGAAUGGAUGAAGUCCUUCAAAAGAUGGUGCACCCUCAUCUCAGCAUUCUGGAGAGGGAGAACUUUAUCUGGAGCCUGUCAAACGUUUGUCUCCUGGAAGAAUACAUGAGUGUACUAGAUGGAGAUCCACUUCAGGAGGUUGUGAAAUCUGUCAUUGAUCAGUACAAAAACUCUGUGAUCCCCAGACGAUCCAAUUUUCGCAAAUGUAUUAAUCAUGGCGACUUUAAUGACCUGAACAUUCUCGUGCAACCCGAUGACGAUCAUGGCUACAAGAUUUCUGGCAUCCUUGACUUUGCGGACAUGAACAGUGGCUACUACAUUAAUGAACUUGCCAUCACCAUAAUGUACAUGAUGAUUGAACAUCCUGAUCCCAUCGCGGUGGGUGGGCCUGUCCUUGCAGGCUGGGAAAGUGUCUUCCCCCUCAACAAGGACGAGAAAAACUGCCUCUACGUGCUGGUGCUCUCCCGCUUCUGCCAGUCGUUGGUUAUGGCACGGUAUUCCGUGAUGCUGCACCCAGAAAACGAAGAGUACCUCAUGACAACUUCCAGAAAGGGAGUUAAAAUCCUGCAAAAGGUCUGGGAAUUGGGAAAAGAGCAUGUGGAGAAGGUUUGGUUUGACCAUGCUGCUCAACUCUGUGUUUGAAUAGAAAAAGAUAUUGCCGUAUUUUCCAGACUAUAGAGUGCAGCUUACUAUAAGCCACAUCUACAAAGUUUUUGAAAAAGCCUGGAAACGUACAUAUAUAAGCCGCACCGGGCUAUAAGCCGCUGGUAUCUCUGCCGCUCUCAGUUUGUCACAUGGAUAAUAAUAAAUAAUAAAUCUGCUGAAUAUAUUACGGACACAACCCUCCUUUUCCAAUGUCGAUUCAUUCAAUUCGUCCAAUGGAUUCGUUCACGCCAAGAUUGCAUGCAGCGGCUUCAUUUCCCUCCUGUAGUACCAGAUCGAUAGCCUUCAACUUAAAAGCUGCAUCAUAUGAACUUCUUCGUGUGGUUUCCAUGAUGAGGGGGUAAGAGUUCGAAGAAAUUUCUCCGUCGUACAGCUUGUGCUCGUUCUAAAUGAAAAUUAGCGCUCCUUUGAUUUCCAAUUUUGACUUCCAAUGAUUCACUUUCUGCUAAAGAGCCCCCUGGUGGUUGGAGAAAAAUCUACAGAAAAGAUGCACCGGGCUAUAAGCCACAUGGUUCAAAGCGUGGGGAAAAAGUAGCGGUUUAUAGUCCAAAAAUACGGUAAUUUUCUAUUCAAACACUUUCAUUAAUAAACUUCAGUGAAGACAUUUUCUUAACUUCAGUUAAGAAAAGGAAGAACAACUGUAGGAAAUUAUAACUGUUAACAAUGGUGCCAUGCUUUGAUUCAGAAUAGUUAUAAAUUAGAAAAUCAUUGUAGAGUUAGACUUAUUUGUGGUAGAUUUAUACACAGUGUUAAUUCAGGUGAUUAUGGCAUACAGACAAUGAAAAAUAGAAUAUUAUGUAAAAACAAAGUAAAUCGUUCUUAAUAGAUAUUCCUAAGAUACAUUUUCACAUUGUGUUCAAUUUAUUCUCUUACUUGGUCUGGGCCUCUCUGGAGUGAAUUACUGGAUCAGUGCAGCAUGGCAUGGAAGUGAUCAGUUUUACUCAGGUGCUAAGAAAGCCCAGAUUGUUCAAAUAACUGUGUGAAUCAUGUCUGCAUUCCUGGUUCUGGUCUACCUCAUCUUUUUGACCAUACCCUGUAUAUCCUUUUGUGGUGGUUAGGUUUUGGUACCUUUGGCAGUUUGGGCAGGUGCCUUCUUCUGCUGGAAAAUAUAUUUAGCAUCUCCAUAAAGCUUUGAAGGAAGCACAAAGUGCUCUAAUAUUUCCUGGUAUGUCUGUGCUCAUUUUGGACUUAAUGAUAAGCAGCAGGUCAGAAUCAGCGGAUGAAAUGUCUGCCCAGUAAGUGAUGCCAAAGCAUCAUUUACUGUGGAAACUUCACACUACAGCCUUUCUAUUGGCUUUUGGAUCAUAUUAUAUUAUGGAUUGUUAAAACAAAUCAGCACAUGUGCUUUGAAAUACACCUGAAACCUUAUCCUAAUAUAUGACUGACAGAGAAUAUGUCACCAGUUUCUGGAUUAACUGAGUGCUAAAGAGUCGAGUCUUUUGGGUUUUAAGCACUUCAGAAUUGCUCUAAAUAACAGGAGCUCACUUGUGAACAAUGCUUUUUUAGUAUUCAAUGCUUUACUUUAUUAUUUAUUAUAUCGUAAGGCACUUAUGUAUUUGAUUUCCAAGUAAAUAUUUUAUGUUAGCAUGAUUUUAUAAAAGAAAAUUCACUAAGAAGGAAAUAUUUUCUCUUCCAUAAAACAUUGCUCCACAUUUAAAACAUUCAUUUGGGGACAUUUAAGCUGCCCUGUUUUAAAACCCAGUAAAUGUGUUGAAUGUGAGGAGAAGUGAUUUGCUUUUGUACAUUUCUUUUAAAAAAGCAACAAAUGAUGGAAUCUCUGCUAUAAAUUCUGUGCCUUGUUGGUUUUCUUUCUAGUAAUGUUUAUUCUUACAAGACUUUCACAAAUUAAAGUUGGUGCUCCCAAUGGUUUACAAAUGAAUAGCUUAAAGGUUUAUUUUCCAUCUUUAUAUUAUCGCUAAGGCGUCUUUGUUGGACAUGCUCUUAUAUUUUUUCAGUGUACUGUAUUUCAACCAAACCAGGUGGAAGUGAAAGAGGAAGUCCUUAAAAGUUGGCACUUUAUGUAGGAGAUCCUUCAUUUUCAUGAUCCAGAAUAAAAUGAUCAGGUGGAGUCAUCAGGUGAACUUUAACUAUUCUGACUUAUACAUGUAUGUUGAACCUCUUUUGGUCUCUGGUAAAUGACUGAUUUCUUUUGUACUAUUAAUUUUAGUCUCAAACAUGCCUUAUGUGGCUGAUUGUACAAAUGUCUGUAUAGCAAAGCACAUAUUAAUCUGGCAAUAAAACAACUUGUGAAUUU